AUGACCAACACACCACAACAAGCUGUCUCACCAAGACGUGGCAGCGCCACCAGCAGCAACGCCUUAUCAAACGAAACGUGCGAAGCAUGCGUCAAUGACAGACCGUACGUCGACCGCAUCCGAUCCGUCUCGCACGUGUUCUUAGCCCUCCGCCUCAUGUUCACCGACCCACAAAGACGAAAAGACCUCUUCACGAAUUGGGUCCACGUGCCGGUCGGUAUCACUUCGCUGCUCUUCCUCACCUGGCUGAUAAAGCAGGCUAUGGAUCGAGCGCCAUUUAGAUUCCCUAGUCCGGUGCUUGCUAUGGUUUUCCUGUUUGCGCUGCUCCUUGCGCUCGACUACCUUUCCUCUACAAGAGUCGUCAAGGGAUGGGCUGAUCGAAGGCGGUCCUCGCCUGACACCAGCGAGGCGGAGAAGGAGGACGAUGACGUGCCACAACGCAAGAUACUGCUCCAACCUAUGUUGACCUUACUAGAAGCCCCUUGUGACUUCUGUCUACGGUACAUGUCGGUCAUGUUCACGCCGAGUUUCAUCUUGAUCCCUGCGAGGGAGAUCAUCAACGGAAAAGAGAUCGGAUUGAUCACAGGCUAUUUCGCCGCGACUCAGCUUUUGGGUCUCAUCUUCCCUGUGCUGCUUCACAAGGCGAUCCGUUACGCAGUGGACUCCACAAAGCACAAGCUUCAGCAGAGGAAGGACAGGAAGGAGAACAAAAUCAAACGAGCCGACGAACAACGACGGGCCAGUGUAGCCACCCUCGUGGCAGUCAUGUCCAACAUCACCCCUGCUCCGGCUGCACCAGGUCUCAUCGCCAAGGCUGACACCGAAAGCACAUUGGGCUCAUCUUCUAGCUCCAAGCAAAAGAACACCGUUAGACUUCACGGAGGACAAAAGCUAGGAAGUAUCGCCACCGGUCUUUCCGGGAUGACUGCUAUCGCCACCGCACCUUUGACGCUCAACACUGCCCGUGCGCUCACUCAAAAACCUGCUUCUGUUCAACGCAACGCCUCCCAGCGUCAAGACGCACGACGUCAGCUGGAACACGUUCAGCUUGAGACCGCUCGUCAGCAGGGUGAUCCCUACGCCACCGCACACACUCCCCUCCGUGAACAUCACCAUCACUACCCGCUCAACCCUUCGGCGCCUAAUUCGCCGAGGCCAGGUUCGGCACUCCAGCACAACCAUCGACUGCACCAUCACAAUUCGGGGUACUUCGCACGCGGUCGACCUCAGGAUGCAUCGGAGAGGCCAGAGUUGGGACGAAGCAGAUCGUUGGCUCGUUCGUGGAUCGGAAAGUCAGCUGCUGGCAGCGCGAGAGGUAGAGAUGCUGUUUCCAUGUCUCCUUCGAGAGCACAACGUCCUCGUUCCGGCAACGACAGAGCGCCGUCCAAGGGGAGAUUCGGUGCCGCUGUCGUGGGCACGGGUAGCGGUCUGAAGCAUCUCGCUGCUUCGUCGAGGAGACCGCAGAGCGCUUCUGCAGCGGCGCAGCAACCUGGUCGAUUCGAGAGGACUAUGGAGGAGGACACGGUCUCGUCGACGUUCGACGAGUACAUCUUCCAGGCCAGACAAGAUCUGAUCGAGAGACGUGCCAGUGCAGUUGCGGAGCACGAGGCGGAAACUUCGUUAGCAAAGCGAGUGCAGCUUGUGGAAGACAGCGAAGGCGUAGACCCCCGUGAUCCGGGCAGGAGGUCGGUCGAGGCAUCGGGAGACGAGAUCGAGACGCUCGUCAUGCCGACACUCGUUGCGCCUACGCCGAACCGACUCAGUCGUGACGAGAAGACCGGCGCUAGCGAUGCUCCCUAUUCGAUUCCAAUUUCAAAAGCUGGAGAGGUGAUUCCGAGACCUAGCAAGGCAGGUAGCGACAACACUGUCAGUUACGACAUCGAAGCACAGCGCACAGAUGUUACCUCUGAAAAGAAGAUCGACAGCACCUCGCAACAGGUCGUCACCACGUCGAGCGCUUCCGAGGAAGAUGAUGUCGCCACCGAGCCCGAGAUGGACGCGAUCGACCGCCUCAUCGAGCGACUCUGGACCUCGAUCCCCUGGUUCGUCUUCAGCGUCGUCCUCGUCGCGGGCAUCCCGCUCUUCUACCUCAUCGACAUCUCGCUCCCUCUCUUCCUCGGCGUCAACCUCAUCACGUUCCUCGCCUCCAUCACCCUCGUACCCCCACCCAUCCGUCGAUACCUCCACCCUAUCCUCACCACCUCCAUCGCCACCGUUCUCAUCCUCUGGGCGAUCGGUGAGAUCCGAGGGUGGUCUCUGCGUCGGACACUCAACUCGUACUCUGUCGAUGCCAAGUACACCGUACUCUGGGCUCUGUCUGGCUACACUGGUCCUGUGAUCGGCGCAGGCGAUGUGCUUUUUUCCACGCUCGAUGCGGGAAUCGUCUCGCUCGCCAUCCCCAUGUAUCGCUAUCGAUGGGAUCUCUGGCUUCACCUCACGGACAUGCUCAUCGUGCUGCUCCCGUGCUCGAUGCUCUCGCUCUUCGUCUGGCCGACCAUCGCAGCGGUCAUCGGUAUCGCUCCCGAACGCGCCCUCGCCUUCGCCUCGCGCUUCAUGUCCACCCCGCUCGCCAUCGAACUCUCCCUCACCAUCGGCGCGGACGAAUCCAUCACCGUCGUCCUCGUCGUCAUCACGGGCAUCCUCAUCAGCAUCUUCAAAGACCCCUUCUUCCGCCUCUUCCGCCUCCAACCCGACCAGGACGGCGAUCACCCGGAUCAGAAGGAUUACCUCACCAUCGGUAUCGCCAUGGGCAGCACGGCAGGCGCUAUCGGCGCAAGCAGCCUCAUCUCCCGACCUAGGUGCAUGGCUAUCGCGAGUCUGUCGUUCGUGCUCUUCGGUGCGAUCCUGUUGAUCGCGGCGGCAAUUCCGCAGGUGGUGGAUGUGGUGAGGAUGUUGGCAAAGGCUCCGGCGGAGUUCACCCCUGCUAUGUAG